UUUUGCUAGGACGUGUAAGCGAGCACCCCCACCCAUUUGCUUUCUAGUUUCUAUCUACUAGUACUAGUAGUUGCUUCUUUAUUACUAUAUUCCCAUUGCUUCCCACGUAGUAAAGGCUUCAUGUAAAUGUUAUCCCCAACACUCGAUUGGCAAUUGGCAUCACACACACACACAAGAAUAAUUUUUUCCAUUUUUAUAUGAAAAGAGAACGUCCAAGUAGCAGUGCUAGCAUGACCCUCCAGAAUUCUUAUGAUUCUGCUCGAGAUGCCACCGUCUCAGUUGAUGUGCUACUCCUGCAGGAGUUCAAGAAAGCUAAUCACGAGACCGCAUCCUGCGAUGAACAAAUCAAGUCGGUCAAGCCACGUUGUGGAACUAAUGGUGAGUUUAAACGUCAUCAGCCACGGCUAACGUCAAAAAACACUACUGUCAAAGACGCAAAACAUCAACCCAAAGAUGAUGGAGCAGCAAAAUUACAGCCGUCUGCAGCUGUUCUAACUCCAUUAGUUGAAAACUUGAGGACGACAAACGAAGCUGAGGUGUCGACCGUGGUUACCGGCCGGGAAAGACUGAAGAGACAUCGGAUUGAAGUUGCGGGUCGAGUUUGGAUUCCGGAUAUAUGGGGUCAAGAGGAGCUACUAAAGGAUUGGAUUGACUGCAGUGCCUUUGAUGCUUCCGUAAUGAAUAGUAGUAUAAUGUCGGCUCGGGCUGCAUUGGUUGAAGAAGGAAGAAGAGCCAAUUCAAGCAGAAUAAGAAUAGAGAACCGUUGUUAGUUUUUACUAUUAAUUUCAACAGAUGAGUUCUAUUUUGACCCUUUUUUUUUUUUUUUUUAUCUUCAUAUCAUGGCAACAAUCCUCUGCAUAUGUGAAUUAAUUCUCAAUUAGUAGAUUGCGUAGCUCUAUGAUAUCAGUUGCAACCCAUUGAAUUGAUGAUUAUCCAGCAUGAUUUAGG